UGAUUCUUCAUAAUUAUUUCCCAUUUAUGAACGAUGUGUGAAAGUGACAAAUUUAGAUAUAUACAUGUACGUUAAAUGAUUUGGUACGAACAAUAAGAAAAAAAUGUUGAUGCAAUUGUCGCAAAGCUCCUUGACAAUAGUCGCUUUUACUAUAAAGUAAUUAUUCUAACGUCCACAAAAACUUAUAAGAACAAAGACACUAAAUAAUGCUUGCAUUAGAAAAACAUGGAGGUAUGUGUGAUUGUCAAGCAUCUAGAAAUGCAUUUGAGUAUGCAGCAUCAUCAUGGUUUGGAUACUGUUGUACAAAUUCUGGGUUAUAUUUUUUUGAAGACCAAAUUACACAGGAGGAGAUGAAUGCUGCAAGACAGAGAUUUGAAUUGGAGUCUUUACUUACAAGACCAGAAAUGGAGCUGAUACUUAAGGAUAUGAUUCAUGUGGAUAAGCGUCAACAGGAUAGGAACCACUAACAGUAUCAAGAAGAUGCCUGCGAGAAUGCCCGCGAGAAUGGCGAAGGAUUAUCAGCAUAGAGAGAAGAGCUGCAAGGGUAGCAGAGUGGUGCGAUGUGUUUAUACUGACGCCGAGAUAAGCGUGGAGCGAAAUGCUACAGCGAGCCAUUCUUCUCAAUAUGUUUGUUUUUAUUUGCAACGAUAACAAACUCGCCUAAAGCAAACAAAUUAACCAACAAAAUGUUCGAACAAAAAAUUGUACUAAAGGCAAAUUUAUUAAAUAAACCAAAAUUGUGAAAAAGGAA